UUUUUUCCCCUGAAACGUCAAUGCCACGUAGAAGACCAACUGCACGCUUUGCUGUUUUUUGUGAAGAUCUAGGUGUUUUGUUGAAGCUGAACGCAUGACAUGCAGCUGGCCGUGCUAAGUUGGUUCUGCUCUUCUCUGCUGGCGUCUGUCAGCGGGGGAAAGCUGACCGAAGCUGAGGUUAACAUAGAGGUCCUGAGCAGACCUUUCAUCUGCCGCAGAAAGACAAAGUACGGAGACAUGCUGAUGGUUCAUCAUGACGGAUUCUUUGAGAACGGAACCAUGUUUCACUCCAGUCGAAACUCUGGCGACAAGCAGCCAAUGUGGUUCACACUCGGCAUCAGACAAGUACUGAAAGGCUGGGACAUAGGCCUGCAGGAUAUGUGCGCUGGAGAGAAAAGAAAGCUAAUAAUACCUCCAUCCCUGGCCUAUGGGAAGGAAGGGAAAGAUUCAUUCAGUGAUAGUCCACUCUUUCUCAGCAUGGAGCAUGUACACAAUACUGUGCUUUGUUCUGGUAAGAUCCCACCUGAGAGCACGCUGACCUUCAUCGUUGAGUUGCUUGAGAUCAGGAAUGGACCGAGGUCACAUGAAUCCUUUCAAGAGAUGGAUCUCAAUGACGACUGGAGGCUCUCCAAACAUGAAGUGAAAGAAUAUCUGAAGAUGGAGUAUGAGCGUUACGGUUACCCUCCUAAUGACACCCUACAUGAGAACAUGAUGGAGGAAGUCUUUGCCAGAGAGGACGAGAACAAUGACGGCUUUAUAUCUUCAAGAGAAUUCACAUACAAACACGAUGAACUGUGAAGUGAUUGCUGGAAUACGUCUGGAGUGGAGCUUAGUAAAAAAAGACUUUCUCAGGAUAUCUGAAGCUUUGUUUGUGAGGCUGAUGAGUCUGUGUGACUGUGGUGUUUCACUUAAACAGAAAUACAACACUGGGACAGGUUGAUUUUUCUCAUUGUAAACCUGUGUAUGGAACAUUAAAGAUACUGAGACCAAA